AUGGCUGCAGGGGACACAACGGACGCACCAAUUGGACCUUCCAGAGCCGCUUCCCUGCUGGAGGAGGCAGACACGGAUGGAGGGGUGAUGGUGCACAGUGGGGCAGCUGCGGCCCCCAGACGUCUCUCGGUGGUCCGGCAGUCCCCGGCUGGACGGCAUCCAGAAUCGUUUCCAUUUCCAAACAGCUUCAGCAACGUAGGAACUUUCUUUUCCCUUUUCAGAGAAAAGGAUUUCUGCUUUCAAAUCCACCGUUUCCUGAGGCUGGGUGCUGAGUUCAGCUGCCCCUGGAGGAGCCGCAGCUCUGGGCCCCUGGCCGAGCCGCGUCUUCUGUCGGGACAGACUCCCCACAGCCAGGGGAAGCAGCUCAGGCCAGCUGUCCUGGGAUGCAACAUCAGACACGCACGCUGGAAUUUGACCCUUUUCCUGCCUGACACCCAGCAAAAUAAACCCCAGGGCAGGGAUCAAUGCCUGCAACCAGAAUGCAGAAGAAAGAAGAGUGACAGAUACGCCCGGGGCCACAGGCCAGCGAGGCCAGGACCUCCCAGGGGCAGACGCACAGCCCAGGUUUGCGUGUGAGAGUUCGAGCCUCGGGUAAUAAAAAUAAAACGUUUAAGGUGCCUGGCCGCUCAGGCCCUCACAGCGCUACCUGGGGCAAGGACGGAAGAAACCUCAGAUCGCCGUGGCUGCUGUUGCCUGAAUCAUGUCCUCCCAAAAUUCACGUUAGAGCGUUUACCCUCAGUACCUUGGGAGGGGACUUUGUUGGAGAGAGGGUCAUUGGAGAGGUAAUUAAGUUAAAAUGAGGCCAGGAGGGUGGGCCCCAUCCAGUGUAAUUGGGAUCCUUUUUAAAAGGGGAA